GCCCUGCCGGCGGAACAGUACCACACGAUCCUCAGUCAGUCGCGAUUUGAAGUCGGCCGCGUGAACUUAAGUGUAGGUGUAUAUGUAUGUGUUGUGUAAUGCGUAUCGUGUACUGCCCUUUUUUCAUCCGCUGCAACGACGUUCCCGUGCAUUGUGCUCCCGGCACGUUGAGAAGGAAUUGUGUGUGCGAGAAAGAAACGCACCUGAAAGCCGCUAAAUGGCUUCGUUCACGUGCGACUUGCUCGUCUCGUCACUACGGAUAUAAGGAGACAAAUUGAAAAAGGGAGAAGAAAAGAAAAAGCAGAAUAAGAAGAAUAAGAAGAAGAAGAAGAAGAAGAAGAAUAAGAAGAAGAAAAGAAAAGUGUAACCGCGGGAUCUCGUCGAGGGAUUUAUUUUUUAAUUGCCGUUCUCGCCCGGUCCUCGGCGGGCUGUCGCGUGUGAUCACAGUGUUUUGGUUCCGUUGGAAAAGGGGAAAAAUUGUGCGAAGAGGGAGGCGCGAAUCACAUCUUUUCUACGAUGCUCACUUCCAGCGCGAAUCAGUACCUCCGUCCGGAAUACCUUACACCUCUGCCUACUACGUUGGAUGCGAAGAAGAGUCCGCUCGCCCUGCUCGCUCAGACCUGCAGCCAAAUAGGAGCCGACACGCCGUCCAAUAAAUCUCUGCUGGGCUCGUUGGACAAACCGUCGAGCAACAAAUCGUCGAAGUCGUCUGAUCAAUCACGCGAGAAAUCGUCGCCGGCUGUCGCGCCGACGUCGACAGAAUCGAGCAGGACCAAUUUCAAGCCGUACGAGUCCUGUUUGGGGCGCGAGAAAGCGUCCAGCCCAGACGAGCAGAGGUCAGCAUCUAGUCACUCGACGUCAGGACGAUCGAGAACACCUGGUAGCGGUAAUAAACGAUGCCCGAGUAAUCAGAGCGCCUCGUCAGUUCGCGCAGUCACGCCACAAGGUCGGAAAACGGCGACGCCGAAUGGUGACGUGGCCCGGGAAUCACCAGCGUCCAGGACAUCGGGAGCUAAUCUAUCAUCGUCUCAGCUUGAAUCGAGUACGUCUCAACCGACGGUGGUGAGCAGUCCAUCUUUACAAUCGAAACCUUCCUAUAGUCCAGCGGGGGUCUUAGCAAUGACGGAUCCGUCCAUCAAGGAUCUACCACUGGGCACCUUUAAGCCCGGAGUCAGUUUAGCCAGUUCAACGUCCAGCUAUCUAGGCUACAGCCCUCAGUUACCCGUGGACGUGAUGGCCAGUUCUUUGGUAUCCCAGCAUCACGCGGCCUUGAAAAACGGCCUGGUCGCCGGGAAUCCUUAUCUGAGCUACGCCCGAUUGAAGGGCACUUCGGGGCCCGACGCGUUGAUGCCGGUUUGCCGAGACCCCUAUUGCACUGGUUGCCAAUUGAACUCGCAUCUGUUGGCUAACUCAGCUAGCGCGGUCGCCAACGGGAAGCUAGCUUCGAACGCUGCCGGCGCCACUGGCACCUGUCCGGCGGGUUGCGCGCAAUGCGAUCACAAGCCUGGCACAACGCCGUACGGCGCGCUCGGCGUCGCCGCCUAUGCUCACGCGCAAUUGGCCGCAUUGGCUGCUGCCUCGCAGCUUCCCUACGUCUGCAAUUGGAUAGCUGGCGACACUGCUUACUGCGGCAAGAGGUUCUCAACGUCCGAAGAGUUGUUGCAACACCUGAGGAGCCACACCAGCAUGUCGAGCAGCGGCGCCGCCGCGACAGAUCCGUCCGCGGCCGCGCUCUCGCUGCUGUCGCCGUCCGUCGGAUUGCCGCCGACCCAUCCUUUGUUCUCCAGAACUUAUCCGACGCCGCCUUUGAGCCCGCUCGCGACCGCGCGUUAUCACCCCUACGGGAAACCCUCGCCGUUGUUACCGCCGUCUUUAUCGUCGCUCGGUUUACCGCUUCCGCCGCCCCACCCCCACACCGCCGCCGGUCUACCACCGUAUUUCUCGCCGUACUCUCUGUACGGGGCUCCGCGGCUCGGCGCCGCGUCCGGCAUGCCGCAAUGAGUACCACGAUCGUGAAUCUUGCGCAUGAUUGGACACGUAGAUAACUACCACUGUCCGACGCGGAUCGGUCUGAUCCGCGAUACUCGCCGGACGAUUCUUUGAGGGUUUCUUCGGGCUGAACGCGAAUCGGGAAGUGCGCCUGCUUUGUUAUCUUUGGUUUUAGGGAAAAGUGAUUUCCAAAAGGAAAGGAGACUUGUAAGUUUGACAACAGUUUGCCCGUUAAACGUUGAAACUGUGAAAGCUGAGAGAAGUAAUGUUAUGUAUAUUUUAGUGCCUUUUUCUCUUGGUUUUAUAGGUAUUUGAUCCCUGGAAUCGAUUUGCUCCUGGUAUUGGCAUAUUUUUGUUUACAUUUGUAAUUGACGAAAGUAAAUUUUAUGUUUAGAACCCUAUACUAUUUUUUCAAAUUAAAUCUCUCGAAAACUAAGAGUGGUAAGGUAUAGUUUUUAAAUUCAUAUUCAGCAUAGAAAAGUCUAGAAGAAUCGCCUGGCGAACGUCAGAUAACGUAAAAGAAAAAGUGAAAAUUUGUUGGACAGUGCUAUAAACCGUUUAACUGUGAUCCAUGUUUGAAUAUGAAGUAAUGGAGUGUUUGAUAUGGGAAUAUGAGAACCGAGAAUAACGGAAUUCGAGAGCGAACAAGUAUUAUUGCUAAGGUAACCUCAUCGUAAUCUCAUUAGACGAAUAAAUUGGUUGCUCGAUGCUAUCCGCGGUAACGUACGAAUACAAUUAUGCGAUUCUCCGAUACUUCGAUCUUUUUUCUCCAAUCGUGUCAUAUCAAAUUGCUCCAUCGAGUUUAUUUUCCCCCUUUUUUCUUCCUUUCCUUGGAUCCGUUACGACGCGAAGGCUGAGACUUGUAAAUAAUCGUAUUGAGAAAAGUCGAAGAGAAAGGUGAGCACGUGCGUUUAUUUUAUACCUCGUUGAUAUCUUUGUGUCAUCGUUAAACCGCGGAUUUUAUGCACUUACAGUAUUUGCAAACGUAUGUAACGUAGUAAAAUAAUUUAACUGAAAUUUAAAACGGUUUUUACAUUAUUAUCGCAAUAAUGAAACCCGUGACAGAAAAGAUAAAUUUUUAUUCAACGAUCAUUUUUGUAAAUUGGCUCGUAAAAAUUUGUAUUUGCAUAAAAAUCUGCGAUCUAGACAUCGGCGUGUUCACUUUUUACAUUCACGAUCUAUAAAGUAGAGUUCUGUAUGGAGCGAAUAGUCACCGGUUACACGGGUAAUAUGGUUAUUCUUAUCCGGUUAGUGAUUGAGUAUAGGGGUAAUAUUUUCAAUAUUAUCUGAAUUUUCGUUGUUAUGUAUUGAACUGUUCAAUUUUGACUAAUGGAGUAUUUACAAAAUGAAAAAUUAUCGUGGAAUUCAAAUCAUCUAACAUAACUAAACUCUGAAAAAUAUCUUCGACACGCAUGUUCUCAACGAAAAGUUAAUUUUGAAGCAUUCCGUGUGAUACGGAACAAAAAUCACAAGAAAAAUUCAACAAUCCACCUAUCUCAUUGUUCAUUUUUAAAAGCAUCGACGGAAGAGUCAAAUCUCGCUUCAAAUUUCCAUCUUACAACGGAACAGUUCAAAGAAAUCCGUGUCUGCACGCACGUCUACAAUCUGCCGAUGACCUUAAUCAUUUCAAUACCACGUGUAACCGGAUAAUACCCGUGAUUGUACGCGGUUAUCCGCAAAAAUCGUUCGCAUCCGGAGGCUUUAUCCGGCAAGAAAUCCCAAAGGGAUCGCAAAGUAUUAUUGUAUCAAGCGUUUAUCUGUGAUUUCCCGCAUGAGGGUAACGAAGCGCACACCGCUUGGUCGGGGAAAAAAGUACGGGGAUCUGAAAAGAACACGCCACGCGUUAAAAGAAAAAUCCUAAUGGCCGACCCGCGUAAUUAUGAACCGUCGACGCGCGUUUAACAGGCUCCUUCGUAUAAUCGCGGCGUUACGGCGCUUCCCCGAGUGCUUAAUCUUAAUAUUAUGCCGCGUGGCUUGCUCUGUUUGCCUCGCGGUUCAAAUUUCCCGACGCCCACCUGCCCUCCGGCUGUAAUUUUCGCCCGCAAAUCCGUGCGUUUCCACGCCCAUCGACGCCCAUGCGGAUUUUUCCUCCCUCCGGUCUAAUGAAUUUUCGCCCGGCCGAUAAUUCCUCGAUUAAAAAUCAUUCUUGUCCGCGUCGCGGCCGAAAGCGUUACUUAUUUUCGGAGGAAAUUAAACGUGUGCCACGGGUAACGUUGAAAAACCAAUGUUCAACUGUGAUUUCCGAGUGAGAAAGGUAAACGUGUGCGAGUGAGAGACAUGUGCUUCCGCUACCAGAGAGUUAUCGUAUGUGUAUAUAUACUAUAUGAAAUCUGUAUGUGUAUGCGUGACUUUUAGAAUUUACCGAUAACACGCGCAAUGACGGAGUCUUGUUCGAAAGGCGACGAUUAAAAACUACGGUUGCUUUUAACGGUUCCCGUGCGUUGGAACGAUUUUGGAAGAACAGAACGAUUCGUUUUCGGUUAUUUUUUCCCCUUUUUUCUCAUUUUUCUUUCGGUUGGAAUAACAGACGAGAAAGCACCGUGAUUGUUUUGAAAGUAACGCGGACAGAAUUUAUUUGAACGUUUCUGCCGCCAUUGACGCGGCACUCGAGCGUUUGGACUACGACGCAACUCGUUUAGAGGAUAAAUAGAUUGCACGUGAACCAACUGUGGAAUUAAUGGACAAAGGAACUGCGUUUGUUAGCGUUUAUUGAUCUCUUUUUACAAAUUCGUGCCUUUCUUUCUAUUGUCGAGUCAUCCGAUCGUGACUGUAACGGACGUGCGAUGCAUUUCUUUUAAAGCUAGCGACACCAGCGCUUGGUGGUCAACAAAAUGGCGGCGGACGCGUUUAACCCUUUGCGGACAACGGCCGCAUAUGUGCGUCCUGUAUACACCAUCAAUCUGGCCGAUAAACUUAUAUAUAUAUAUGCGUUCAGCGAGAAUAACUGAUAGAGCAGAACGACUCGUAUAUGUGUCCCAGGCAAACACAUUGCUAUGGGCGAUGAACCCAUAAAUACGUCCCGCGAACACAAUUGAUAGAACCGAAAGAACAUUUUAUUUAUCCUGUGAAGAAUCUCUGCCUGUACGUAUGUCCAGAAUUUGGCAUCUUGAAGUGCUAUGAACGAUAAUAGUGUGUAGGCAGAAGUGUGCGUUGGCAAUUUCAAACGACUAUCGCGUCAGCGGCUCGCUCCAGGGUAUGGUUGGUCUCGAACCGUCCCGUCCGCAAAGGGUUAAAAAGAAGUGACUGAAAGAAAUUUCUGCGGAGACGAUGAAAAACGAUUAUCAAGAUUGUAGUGCUGUGUAAACUUUUUGAUCCAAGUUCUUCACGUGUUUUCUGAUUUCGGGGCCCGCGCAAUAUGGCGGUACACGUUCGACGGUGUAAUCACGAGCGCGCAAGCGCACGCAUUCCCUCUCUGUAAUUGCGAGCCAUUCGAAUUAAUGUAAUGCAAUCAGUCUAUGUGUAGUAUUUAUGAAUUUAACUAUCUAUCGCUAUUCCUCAUUGUAAUUACUGUACAUUUGUUCAUAGAUAUGUAGGGUAUAAGAGUCUAUAAAUGAAAGAUCAUUUUUCGACGCGACGGCGGAGCUUAGUGAUAGUAGGACGCGUGUACUGUGACGAUCGAGAAAACAGAUUUCCGACUAGGUGGCGACUAUAUCGUGUCUAUAUUUUUGCGUAACCAAAGUUUUAGUAAACGAUCGAUAAUUUCCGUAGCAUUGCGGGUUCCUCUAAGUAACAACGUUAUGUAGGCGAGAAGUAAUGGACAGAAAAGAAAAGAAUUACUGCGGGACAUUCAGUUGUAAAUAGAUUUAUUUUAUUGUAUACGAGGUGUAUAUGUAUAUAAAUAUGUAUACAUGUAUGAUUAUUAUUAUUAUUUUUAUUAUUAUCAUUAAUAACAUUAUUAUUAUUAUUAUUAUUAUUAUUAUUAUUAUUAUCAAAAACAUUCUAAAUAUCGGGACAAUCCUUUUAUUUGCGAAAACAACAGACCUCUGGUUAUUUAUUAGAUGUGCAGCGGUUAGUUUUUACUUCGAUCUGAAUUUUGUAUUUUUUAUUAUAUUAUUUUUCGUCUUGGAAUGCACAAUGAGACCUAAGUAUUUUGACUUGUUAAUUCUAUUAUUAUUGUUCUUCAUUACGUAGUGCUCUUUGAUA